AGCAUCCACAUCGUCGUCGUCUCUCUCACCUCCCCUCUGAUCGAUCAACUGUCCGCUGUCAGCGUUAUAUAUUUUUCUGCCCUCCUUUGUUGCCUUGUGCUGGCUUGGCUCUGUCCUCUCUUCCCCUCCCCUCACCUCAAGCUUAGCCAUAGCCAUAGCCAUAGCUGCCUCCUUGCUUUCUGUGCCCUCCAACAAUAUAUCUUCUCUCCAGAAAGGCAGUGGUUCCCUCUGUCUUGUAGCUAGCCCAGCAACACAGAGAAAGCUGCGAGAGCUUCGGCUGCUAGCUAGCUCAGACUCGGAGUGUUUAACAAAAGAGGGUUAGGAGGAGCAGCUAGCAGCAGUGAGAUUCGGUAGCGGCUGCUAGCUAGGUGUCGCCGCUGCCUUGUAUCUAGCUUUGUUUCUUCCUCCUCAUCUUCUUCUUCCUUGCAUCGGGAUAUAUCAAUCCAUCUUCUCACCUGAUGGGGAGGGCGCCGUGCUGCGACAAGAACAACGUGAAGAAGGGGCCGUGGUCGCCGGAGGAGGACGCCAAGCUCAAGGAGUUCAUGGACAAACACGGCACCGGCGGCAACUGGAUCGCCCUCCCGCAGAAAGCAGGGUUGAGAAGAUGUGGCAAAAGCUGUAGGCUUAGAUGGCUAAACUACCUGAGGCCUAACAUUAAGCAUGGGGAGUUCACUGAGCAUGAAGAUAGGGUCAUCUGCAGCAUGUAUGCAAGCAUUGGAAGCAGGUGGUCGAUCAUCGCGUCGCAGCUCCCGGGCCGGACGGACAACGACAUCAAAAACUACUGGAACACCAAGCUGAAGAAGAAGCUCCUGGGCUCCACCACCAUGGCCGGCGCCGGCCCUCCACCGCGCGCGCCGCGGCAGAAUCACCCCCACCAACACCGGCCGGUCCUGCUCCCCUACUCGUCGUCGCCCCACUCCAACUACAGCAACUUCUUCCCCGGUGCCGGCGCCCUCCUCCAGCAGUCCGCGGAAGCCCUAACCCUACAACCACAAGACCACUACAUGCUCGGCAGCUCCGGCUCCCUGAACCCCAUGGCAAGCAACAAUGGCGCCUCCGCGGUACAGCUACAGAUGCUGCACGCAACGACGGCCCACCGGCAGCUGCAGGUGAAGGAGGAAUGCGGCAGCGGCGGCGCCAUGAUCGCGUUCGGCUGCGGCGACCAGCAGAGCUGCAGCUCGUCGGACGGGACGCAGUACGCCGGCGGCCAGUACGUGCACGGCGGCCGCCACCACGGGAAGGAGAUGAGCUUCGACAACAACAACAACGGGUACGGCGCCUACGGAGUGUACGGCAACGGCGCCGGCGCCGUGGAGCAGGAGCACAAGCUGUCGUUUCAGCUUCAGCACCAGCAUGAGGAGCAGCAGCAGCAGCAGGCGCAGCUGGACUACAGCUACGAGGAGAUCAAGCAGCUGCUGAUGACGGCGGCGGCGAGCGGCCCCGACGGCGGCGGCGGCCUGAUCCACGACCCGGAGCUGAUCGGCGCGCACGCCGGGAAGCUGACGAUGAUGUAAAAAAUCCGAGUAAUUAAGGAUCAGGACGUACGCACGUAAAGAAGGUCAUCAAUCAAGAUCGAAUUGAAGAAGGUGUGUGUUAAUUUCUACUGCGUUAUUUGUUUCCCAUUCUUCUUCUUUUUUCUUCUUCUUCUUACAUUGAUUCGACCGUGUAGUGUACUGGAUCAAACGCUCCCGUGUCACGGCUGCAUGCAUGCAGAUGCACGUGGCUGGCAGCCUAGCUGCGCUGUGCUGCUAUGUGUGUAUGUGAGCGUGACAUGGGAUCAAGAUUCUCCUCUCUCUCUCUCUCUCUCCAUCUCUCUCUUACUUGCUAUUACUGUUGUUGUACCUCUCUCUCAGUCUCUCUCAUCUUUGUCAGCAAAAGGUAUAGUGUUAUGAAGUUCAUAAAAGUACUGUGAAAAAACUGACAGUGUUUGUUUGGCCA